CGGCUCCGCCCCCGCAGACCACGCCCCGCUCCCGUGUGCCGAAUGCUCCAUAUCCGGGUUCCCGCCGCCGCCGCCGUCGCCGCCGCCGUCGCCGCCUCGCUCAUUCAGCUUUGCCGGGAGUGGUGUGAUUCCCGACCAAGAUGGCGGCUGUGGGGCGAGUUGGCUCCUUCGGUUCCUCUCCGCCGGGAUUAGCCUCGACUUACACAGGGGGCCCCUUGGCUAACGAGCUAACAUCGGGCAACGGCGGCGCCGCGGCGGGAGACGACGAGGACGGGCAGAACCUUUGGUCCUGCAUCCUCAGCGAGGUCUCCACCCGCUCGCGCUCCAAGCUCCCCGCGGGGAAGAACGUACUGCUGCUGGGUGAAGAUGGAGCUGGAAAAACAAGCUUAAUAAGAAAAAUUCAGGGAAUAGAAGAGUACAAGAAAGGAAGAGGGUUGGAAUAUUUGUACUUAAAUGUUCAUGAUGAAGACAGGGAAGAUCAAACAAGAUGUAAUGUAUGGAUCUUAGAUGGAGACCUGUAUCACAAGGGCCUCCUUAAAUUUUCACUGGAUGCCAUUUCUCUGAAGGACACUCUAGUUAUGCUGGUUGUGGAUAUGUCAAAGCCUUGGACUGCUUUGGAUUCUCUACAGAAAUGGGCAAGUGUUGUUAGAGAACAUAUUGACAAAUUGAAAAUUCCUCCUGAAGAAAUGAAAGAAAUGGAACAAAAGUUGAUUAGAGACUUCCAAGAAUAUGUAGAGCCGGGAGAAGAUUUCCCAGCCUCUCCUCAGAGAAGAAAUACUGGGUCACAGGAAGACAAAGACGACAGUGUGGUUUUACCUCUGGGUGCGGACACACUUACACAUAACUUGGGCAUCCCAGUACUAGUAGUUUGCACAAAGUGUGAUGCCAUUAGUGUAUUGGAGAAAGAACAUGACUACAGAGAUGAACAUUUUGAUUUUAUUCAGUCACAUAUCCGGAAGUUUUGUUUACAGUAUGGUGCAGCACUUAUUUACACUUCAGUAAAAGAAAACAAAAAUAUAGAUUUAGUAUAUAAAUAUAUCGUUCAGAAACUGUAUGGAUUUCCCUAUAAGAUUCCUGCUGUUGUUGUGGAAAAAGAUGCAGUAUUUAUUCCAGCAGGGUGGGAUAAUGAUAAGAAAAUAGGAAUAUUACAUGAAAAUUUUCAAACAUUAAAAGCAGAAGAUAAUUUUGAAGACAUUAUAACUAAACCACCUGUCCGAAAGUUUGUACAUGAGAAGGAAAUUGUGGCAGAAGAUGACCAAGUGUUUCUUAUGAAGCUACAGUCCCUUUUAGCAAAGCAACCACCAACUGCAGCUGGAAGGCCUGUGGAUGCCUCACCAAGAGUCCCAGGAGGCUCCCCUCGAACACCAAACCGAUCUGUGUCAUCCAAUGUUGCCAGCGUGUCACCCAUCCCUGCAGGGUCAAAAAAAAUUGAUCCAAACAUGAAAGCGGGAGCUACAAGUGAAGGUGUCCUGGCAAAUUUCUUCAAUAGUUUGCUGAGUAAAAAGACUGGCUCUCCAGGAGGCCCUGGUGUUGGCAGUGGUAGCCCUGGAGGUGGGGCUGGAGCUGGAAGCAGUGGUUUACCGCCAUCCGCCAAGAAAUCAGGCCAGAAGCCUGUCCUAUCAGAUGUUCACGCAGAACUAGACAGAAUUGCACGCAAACCAGUUACAGUUUCUCCUACAACACCUACAUCUCCUACGGAAGGAGAAGCUUCUUGAAGAUACCAAAUAAAGCCAUUUAUUCAGUUUUUUGGGAUAAUGUAAACUGGUCUCUGCCUUCUCCUUGAAAAGUGGAAUUAGGGAACUGGAGUGCUUUUUCAGAUGGACUAAAUUUCUUUCUUUUUUUUUUUUUGUGGUUGCCCAUUUUUAUAAAAGGAAGCUAUACAGAAGAAAAAUUAUUCUACACUAUGUAGGAUUGCUGUUUGCAUUGCCCCUUUGCAUAAGGAAAUAAUUUUGGAUUUUGAAAAACUCAAAAUUUAUAGAUCUGAAAUACAGCCAUGUGAUCAUACUCUAAAGGCGCUUUAAAACAUAAGAGGGUUUAGGAAAGGGCAGAAAAUAAUAUGCUUUGGGCAUUUGACUGACUUGGAAGUCCAAGCUUAUUUUAGUUAAGACUAUUAAAAUCAUUUGAAAAAUUACGUGUUAGUUUUGCUGGAAAAGAGAAAAUGGUCAAUUGUCAGAUUUUCCACACCAACGUAAAUAUAACACCACACAUGGAAUAUACUGAGAAAACUAUCAGAUAGCAUUUUAUACACUAGUCAUUGUCUCAACCCACGAUCUGUAAGCUCUCAUCAAAAUAUGAUUUCGAAAUAUUGGCCAAGAUUCAUUUCUUUAACUGAGAAGAAAAGAAAAGCACACUGCCUAGAUGCAUAAAAGAAAAAUGCAGAGGUUAUUAAAACGUAAAGAGGUAACAGUCUUUGGAUUUGUCUAUCUAUAUCUGUAUCAAUAUAUAGAUAUAGAUAUAUAUAUGGCUCUGCCUUAAUAUACCCCUUUUUUGUUUGUGACUUUCAACUGUAAUCAGUUAAUAAAGUAUUUAUUCUCUGCAUUCAGGUUCAAA